AUGAAACAACUCCACAAGCAAACAAGCUUAAAUCACAGACGCGAUGAAGAGACCCAAUCAUCACCACCCUACUCACCCAAAGCCCCAAAGCACAACAGAUCCAUCAACUACCUCUUACGCGAACAGAGACUCCUCUUCGUCCUCAUCGGCAUCUUCAUCGCCUCCUUCUUCUUCCUCAUCCAAUCCACCCUCUCUCGCCGGACCACCCCCAACUAUCGCCCCUUCAUCUCCGCCGCCCCAUUCAGCCGCCACCACCACGUCGUUUCCACACUCCCUAUUGGAAUCGCCGGACGCCGCCUCAGAGUCGUGGUAACCGGCGGAGCCGGUUUCGUCGGUAGCCACCUGGUGGACAAGCUCAUUGGCAGAGGCAAUGACGUUAUUGUCCUUGAUAAUUUCUUCACAGGCAGGAAGGAUAACCUGGUACACCUGUUCGGGAACCCCAGCUUCGAACUCAUUCGACACGACGUCGUUGAACCCAUUCUCUUGGAAGUGGAUCAGAUCUACCACCUCGCUUGCCCUGCCUCACCCGUUCACUACAAGUACAAUCCCGUCAAAACCAUCAAGACUAAUGUGAUGGGUACGCUUAACAUGCUGGGCCUUGCCAAGAGGGUUGGAGCCAGGUUUCUGAUCACGAGUACCAGUGAGGUUUAUGGUGAUCCCCUCGAGCAUCCCCAGAGAGAGACCUACUGGGGGAAUGUCAAUCCAAUAGGUGAGAGGAGUUGUUAUGAUGAGGGAAAGCGGACUGCAGAAACCUUAACCAUGGAUUAUCAUCGAGGUGCUGGCGUUGAGGUUCGUAUUGCUAGAAUUUUCAACACAUACGGGCCCCGCAUGUGUUUAGAUGAUGGGCGUGUUGUUAGCAAUUUUGUUGCACAGGCUAUUCGCAAACAACCAUUGACUGUAUAUGGCGAUGGGAAGCAAACAAGAAGCUUCCAAUAUGUCUCUGAUUUGGUUGAUGGAUUGGUAGCUUUGAUGGACGGUGAACAUGUGGGACCUUUCAAUCUGGGUAACCCAGGGGAGUUUACCAUGUUAGAGCUUGCUCAGGUUGUGAAAGAAACAAUUGACUCAAGUGCUACAAUAGAAUACAAACCAAAUACUGCUGAUGAUCCACAUAUGAGGAAGCCAGAUAUUAGCAAAGCAAAGGAACUGCUGAAUUGGGAACCAAAAAUCCCUCUGAGAAAAGGACUUCCUCUUAUGGUUAGUGAUUUCCGGAAUCGGAUUUUGAAUGAAGAUGAAGGAAAAGGGGUGAAAUAAGAGAGAGUUACAAACCCUGUAUGUAUAUGGAGAGGGUAUCUCCCCUUCCUUUUUUUAUAAUUUUUUCCUAUCAUAUGCGGU